GGCCCGGGGGCCCAGGAGGGGGGCGGGAGGAAGCGCCGGGCAGCGCCGGCCGCCGGGGCCCUGGAGGAGCGGAGCGGAGAGGAGCUAGGACACGGGCGGGGCCGCCGCAGCUCCGGAUGGGACCAGCGCCCUGGGCCCGUUAGUCCAAGCAGGAGCUUCAGGAGAAGCCUUCACAGGGAGAUUUACCCCUGCCCUUCCCUCCCCUCCGGCCCAGGCCUCGCUUCGCUCCCCGCCAGCCCAUGGUCCCAGUCCCACCGCGGUGCGGGCCCCCUCCCACCUUACCCCUUGGUCCUCCUUUUCGCCGCUCUCUGCCCUCCUAGCCCCUUCAGCUCUGAAGUCCCCCAGGCCUUUUCUUUGUAUCAGCCUCCCCCCAACCCCCACCCCAUCCCAGCCUCGGAUCCCCUUUGCCUUCUCAGCUUUAGAUUCAUCAGCCUACUUCACCUCACUGUUCCCAUCCCAGUCGCAGGCCCCCUUGGUCCCUCCCUCCUCCUGCCACCCUGCUCUUAGUCCUCGGUCCUUACCCUAGGCAGGCCGACCCACUCCUUACCCAUCCCCUGGUCUUCCUCCCAUCUCUUCCUCCUGUCCCGCCCCACCACUUUUGUAUCUCAGCCUACCUAGCUUAUCCUCACUAAAUCUUUCUGAUUUCCCCAGGUUCCAGGCUGGGUGGUGCCUGUGCCUCCCCAGUAGGCCACAGUGGCCCCAGGUUCUGGGGGCGGUGGGGCUGCUGCUUUCUCCCCAUGGCACUGCCAUCACUCCUGCUGGUGGUGGCAGCCCUGGCAGGUGGGGUGCGUCCUCCCUUGGCGCGGAACCUGACGCUGGCGGUAGUGCUGCCAGAACACAACCUGAGCUAUGCCUGGGCCUGGCCACGGGUAGGUCCUGCUGUGGCACUAGCUGUGGAGGCACUGGGCCGGGCACUGCCCGUGGACCUGCGGUUUGUCAGCUCUGAACUAGAUGGCGCCUGCUCUGAGUACCUGGCACCGCUGCGCGCUGUGGACCUCAAGCUGUACCAUGACCCUGACCUUCUGUUGGGCCCUGGUUGUGUGUACCCCGCUGCCUCUGUGGCCCGCUUUGCCUCUCAUUGGCGCCUUCCCCUGCUGACUGCGGGUGCUGUGGCCUCUGGUUUUGCGGCUAAGAAUGAGCAUUAUCGAACCCUGGUGCGCACUGGUCCCUCUGCUCCCAAGCUGGGUGAGUUUGUAGUGACAUUACACGGGCACUUCAAUUGGACUGCCCGUGCUGCCUUGCUGUAUCUGGAUGCCCGCACAGAUGACCGGCCUCACUACUUCACCAUCGAGGGCGUCUUUGAGGCCCUGCAGGACAGCAACCUCAGUGUGCAGCACCAGGUGUAUGCCCGUGAGCCAGGGGGCCCUGAGCAGGCCACCCACUUCAUCCGGUCCAACGGGCGCAUUGUGUAUAUCUGUGGCCCUCUGGAGAUGCUGCAUGAAAUCCUGCUGCAGGCCCAGAGGGAGAACCUGACCAAUGGGGAUUAUGUCUUCUUUUACCUGGAUGUCUUUGGGGAGAGUCUCCAUGCAGGCCCCACGCGCUCUACAGGCCGGCCCUGGCAGGACAAUCGCACCUGGGAACAGGCCCAGGCCCUCAGAGAGGCCUUUCAGACAGUUUUGGUCAUCACAUAUCGUGAACCCCCAAAUCCUGAGUAUCAGGAAUUCCAGAAUCGUUUGCUGAUAAGAGCCCGGGAAGAUUUUGGUGUGGAGCUGGCCCCCUCCCUGAUGAACCUCAUCGCUGGCUGUUUCUAUGAUGGGAUCCUGCUAUAUGCUGAAGUCUUGAACGAGACGAUACAGGAAGGAGGCACCCGGGAAGAUGGACUUCGAAUUGUGGAAAAGAUGCAGGGACGAAGAUACCACGGUGUAACUGGAUUGGUUGUUAUGGACAAGAACAAUGACCGGGAGACCGAUUUUGUCCUGUGGGCCAUGGGAGACCUGGAUUCUGGGGACUUUCAGCCUGCAGCCCACUACUCAGGAGCCGAGAAGCAGAUUUGGUGGACAGGACGGCCUAUCCCCUGGGUGAAGGGGGUGCCCCCCUUGGAUAAUCCCCCCUGUGCCUUUGACUUGGACGACCCGUCCUGUGAUAAAACUCCACUUUCAACUCUGGCAAUUGUGGCACUGGGCACAGGAAUCACCUUCAUCAUGUUUGGUGUUUCCAGCUUUCUCAUUUUCCGAAAACUGAUGCUGGAGAAGGAGCUGGCUAGCAUGUUGUGGCGCAUUCGCUGGGAAGAGCUGCAAUUUGGCAAUUCAGAGCGAUAUCAUAAAGGUGCAGGCAGUCGCCUCACACUGUCACUGCGGGGAUCCAGUUACGGCUCGCUCAUGACAGCCCAUGGGAAAUACCAGAUCUUUGCCAACACCGGUCACUUCAAGGGAAAUGUUGUUGCAAUCAAACAUGUCAAUAAGAAGCGCAUUGAGCUGACCCGGCAGGUUCUGUUUGAACUCAAACAUCUAGUGGAUCUAGGAUAAUCACAUAAUCUAUUCCAUGUCACUUGCCAGGAUAUUCUGGAAAAUGACAGCAUCAACUUGGACUGGAUGUUUCGUUAUUCACUCAUUAAUGACCUUGUUAAGGGCAUGGCCUUUCUCCAUAACAGCAUUAUUGCAUCCCAUGGGAGUCUCAAGUCCUCCAACUGUGUGGUGGAUAGUCGUUUUGUGCUCAAAAUCACAGACUAUGGCCUGGCCAGCUUCCGAUACUCCUAUUCCCUUUUUUCAGAGAAGCUGUGGACUGCCCCAGAACUGCUCAGUGGGAACCCCUUGCCAACCACAGGCAUGCAGAAAGCGGAUAUCUAUAGCUUUGGGAUCAUCUUACAGGAGAUAGCACUUCGCAGUGGUCCUUUCUACUUGGAGGGCCUGGACCUCAGCCCCAAAGAGAUUGUCCAGAAGGUCAGAAAUGGUCAGCGGCCAUAUUUCCGGCCCAGCAUUGACCGGACCCAACUGAAUGAAGAGUUAAUUUUGCUGAUGGAGCGAUGUUGGGCCCAGGACGCAGCCGAACGCCCAGACUUUGGACAGAUUAAGGGCUUCAUUCGCCGCUUUAACAAGGAAGGAGGCACCAGCAUACUGGACAACCUCCUGUUGCGCAUGGAGCAGUAUGCCAAUAACCUGGAGAAGCUGGUGGAGGAACGCACACAGGCCUAUCUGGAGGAGAAACGCAAGGCUGAGGCUCUACUCUACCAAAUUCUACCCCAUUCAGUGGCAGAGCAGUUAAAACGGGGAGAGACUGUACAGGCCGAGGCCUUUGACAGUGUUACCAUCUACUUCAGUGACAUCGUUGGCUUCACAGCUUUGUCAGCAGAGAGCACCCCCAUGCAGGUGGUGACACUUCUUAAUGACCUGUAUACCUGCUUUGAUGCCAUAAUUGACAACUUUGACGUCUAUAAGGUAGAAACGAUAGGAGAUGCCUACAUGGUGGUAUCUGGUCUCCCAGGCCGAAAUGGUCAACGCCACGCCCCGGAAAUUGCUCGUAUGGCCCUAGCAUUACUGGAUGCAGUUUCCUCUUUCCGCAUUCGCCACCGACCCCAUGACCAGCUGAGGCUACGUAUAGGGGUACACACAGGGCCUGUCUGUGCUGGGGUCGUUGGCCUGAAGAUGCCCCGCUAUUGUCUUUUUGGAGACACGGUGAACACUGCUUCCCGAAUGGAGUCUAACGGUCAAGCCCUGAAGAUCCAUGUCUCCUCUACCACCAAGGAUGCCCUGGAUGAGCUAGGAUGCUUCCAGCUAGAGCUUCGGGGGGAUGUGGAGAUGAAGGGAAAAGGAAAGAUGCGAACUUACUGGCUCCUAGGAGAGCAGAAAGGAUCUGCUGGACUUCUGUAAACCCCAAUUCUUUCCAAGUCAGACAAUCUCCUGCUGCUGGUACCUGGGUAGGCAGUGGCCACCAUCUCUCCACACAUCAAAACUGGACACUGUCAUAUGAGAUGGAAACCAACGUGCACAAAAACCCUACCUUACAUGGAAGUUGUUGCCCUUUGCAGCUCAGCCUUGUACAUACACCUGCCCGUCUCUGGCCUGGUCCCCUUCUUCCCAACCUUCUGUAAAUAUCUGUAUCUAAACCAGAAUAUUUUGGCCAAAUAUAAAACAACAAAAACA